UGUUCGUGUCUGCGCUCCGAUGGGCUUCCACGGCUUCCCCCUGCUCCUGCUUCCUCUGCGCUGACAGGAGGAAAAGUUUCACCGAACCGGAGGAACAGAAGGAGAAACAGGGAACCGGCGAGGAGACAGGAGAGAGGAGACAGGAGACAGGAGAGAGGAGACAGGAGACAGGAGAGAGGAGACAGGAGACAGGAGACAGGAGGCAGGAGGCAGGAGAGGAGUCCGGAGCGGAGGAGCUCAGACGACGUGGCCAUGGAGACGUCCCCGCCCAGAGCUGCAGAUAACAAAAAAGACAAAAUGGACGGCAGCAGCUUCGCCGACCUCCCGAGGAAGACGUCCCCCUCAGAGACCAGAGCCCCCCACCACAUCUUCCCCACCUUCCACACACCGAUCCCCAUUGACAUGCGCCACCAUGAGGGACGCUACCACUACGAGCCCCACGCUCUGCACGCCAUGCACAGUCCUGCAGGUCUGCCCGGUGGCCCCGUCAUCUCCGACAUCUCCCUGAUCCGCCUCUCGCCUGCUGCCGUGGCGACCGGAGACUCCCCCUUCAGCCCGCCUCACCCGUACGUCAGCCCCCACAUGGAGCACUACCUGCGCUCGGUGCACGGCAGCCCCACCCUGUCCAUGAUCUCAGCGGCCCGAGGACUCAGCCCUGCAGACCUGGCCCACGAGCAUUUGAAAGAGCGCGGGCUGUUCGGACUCCCCCCUCCUCCCCCGGGGGCCAGUCCGGCCGAGUACUACCACCUGAUGGCCAGCCACCGCAGCCCCUACAGCGAGCUGCUCAUGCAGGGGGGCGGGGCCACGGCGGGGGCCCACCUGUCCGACUACAUCACCCCCAUUGACGUGUCCAGGUUCUCCAGCCCCAGACUGACGCCCAGACUCAGCAGGAAGAGGGCGCUGUCCAUCUCCCCGCUGUCCGACGCCAGCAUCGACCUGCAGACCAUGAUCCGGACGUCUCCCAACUCCCUGGUGGCCUACAUCAACAACUCCAGGUCCAGCUCGGCCACCGGCAGCUCCUACGGCCACCUGUCCGUGGGAGGACUCAGCCCGUCCUUCCCCUUCCCUCACCCCAUCAACCCCAUGGCCUACCAGCAGCUCCUGUCCCAGCAGCGGGGGCUCAGCGCCUUCGGCCACGCCCCCCCCCUCGUCCAGCCUGCGGCCGCCUUCCCAGGACGCCAGUCCGGCCUGGGCCUGUCCUCGCUGCACGGCUCCGCCCACAACGCCGGCGACCUGUCCAAGCACCACGGAGGAGACCCGGCCGUCAGCAGCUCCCUGGACCCCCCCACCUCCACCAAGAGGUCCAAGGUGAAGGCUGAGGCCGACGGGCUGAGGACCCUGUCUCCCUGCUCACCGAAGCAUCCCGGCAGCCUGCUGGACCUGAAGGACGACAUGGACCGGGACGAGUGCAAGCAGGAGCCCGAGGCCGUGUACGAGACCAACUGCCACUGGGAGGCCUGCAGCAAGGAGUACGACACCCAGGACCAGCUGGUCCACCACAUCAAUAACGACCACAUCCACGGAGAGAAGAAGGAGUUCGUGUGCCGCUGGGACGACUGUUCGCGGGAGCAGAAGCCCUUCAAAGCCCAGUACAUGCUGGUGGUUCACAUGCGCCGUCACACGGGGGAGAAGCCACACAAGUGCACGUUCGAGGGCUGCUCUAAGGCCUACUCCCGGCUGGAGAAUCUCAAAACUCACCUGCGCUCCCACACCGGAGAGAAACCGUACGUCUGCGAGCACGAGGGCUGCAACAAGGCCUUCUCCAACGCCUCGGACCGGGCCAAGCACCAGAACCGGACGCACUCCAACGAGAAACCCUACGUAUGCAAGAUCCCCGGCUGCACCAAGCGCUACACCGACCCCAGCUCUCUGAGGAAGCACGUGAAGACGGUGCACGGCCCCGAGGCCCACGUCACCAAGAAGCAGCGCAGCGACCUCCCGCUCAGGCCGCCGGCGCCCAGGGAGAACGGCGAGAACGAGGCGGGGCCCCGGCCCCGGCACCGGAUCCAGAGCGAGGGCAAGAUGGCGGACGGCGUGGAGGACUACCUGCACGUCAAGUCCAUCAAGACGGAAAACUCAGUGAUGUAUCAGUCCAGCCCUGGCGGUCACUCAUCAUGCAGCAGCGAACCAUCACCACUUGGCAGCGCCACCAACAAUGACAGUGGAGUAGAAAUGGCGGCGCACAGCGGGGGGAGUGCGGGGGACCUCAGCGCCCUGGAAGACCUGCCGUUUGUGGAGUCCUUGGACGGUGGAGAUUCCUCCGGCGGGGUGGCGGUGCUGGGUCUCCACCUCAGGAAGCAGCUCGGCACCAGCCAGCGCCUGGAGCACCUGAAGAAGGAGACGCUGAAGGCAGUGAGGGACUCUUGUCGGUGGGCCAACAACCCAGCUCAGCCGGUCCUCGGCACCGCGCUGCCACCCGUCCCAGCCACAGGGUCCCUCCUGGAGAGUCUGCGUACGGGCUGUGGUCCGGUGUCCUUCCCCGGUUCUGUCCUGGGUGAACUGAGCUCCGGUAAGACGACUGUGCGCCGGGACAGCACCUCCAGCACCCUGAGCUCAGUUUACACCCUCAGCCGCCGCUCCUCGGGCAUCUCCCCUUGCUUCUCCAGCCGGCGCUCCAGCCAGGCCUCCCAGUGGGGGGGGGGCAACCGGCCCAGCAACGUCAGCUCCGCCGACUCCUACGACCCCAUCUCCGCCGACAUGUCCCGCCGGUCCAGUCAGACCAGCCAGUGUGGGGGGAGCAGCAGAGCAGCAGGGAGGUGUGGAGGAGGAGGCUUUCUCAACCCGCUCAGUUUGACCCCGGCCCAGCACUACCGCCUCAGGGCAACAUACGCCGCUGCCACCGGGGGCGCACCUCCCACACCGCUACCAUGCAUGGACCACGCGUUCCUCAAGUCCCACCCCGGUCUGCACGAGGACCCCCGGGAACCCUGCACCCCCAGCAGACAGUACAGCCACUACGCCACGCGGAGCUUGAUGCCCCACGAGACUCCGUGCAGCGUCCCCCGCCGGGCCAGUGACCCUGUGAGACAGGUGGAGUCCCUGAGCCAGAUGCAACGCUUCAACAGCGUGGACACGCUGAGCCUGCAGCCACGUCCCCGUCCUGCAGCGAGACGCUCAUCUCAGCAGAGCUGCUCAGACGGCGCCCUCCACUGGCACCACAGCCUGAGACCACCCAGCAUCCAAGAAAACGUCUCCGACACAGACCGGACUCUGUCCAACGACCUGCAAGACUUCCCAGGAACCGUCUCUGUCCAGCAGCAGCUCUGCUAUCAGAGGAGAAUCAACCUGAACGCUUGUCCGUCUCCACCGAGGGACAACCAGGACAGUGGACAUGUUCCCUGGAGCAAAGGCUCUUCAGGACUCAUGGAUGCCACCCAGCACUGUCCCAAAGCGCCGGUGCGAGGGAACCUGGCUGUCCUCCAGCAAAACCAGAACUUUGUGUGUCUCGGUCCCAGUCUGAGUCCUGACCAGCUGAUGAUCCAGGCCCUGUCCAACUCCCUGCAGCUGAAUCCUGAACCAGGAGCGAACCGCCUCCACCUACAGAGACUCACCGAAGACAUGGCGUCCCGCUACGACAGGAACGGUAACGCCACCUAUCCGGUCGGCGGGGGCGGACUGAGCCCCGUUGUCGACCUGCACUUUGCUGAUGCUGGAUUUCAGCUUGUGCAAGUAAAGACUGAGGACUGUGAUGGAUCGCCCCUGAUUCCAGACCGGCGGGCCUGUAAUACGAUCCCCCAGAACCGCCUCCAGCCAAGGCCACCGACGGAGCCUCGGACCAGACGCCCCUCAGGCCCAAAGCUGGCUCAGCGAAGAGGACGCUGGGCCGAUGCUAACACAGACGCUGCUCCCAGAUCACCCUCCAGUGGACCUUUAGGACUUCCUUGUCGAGAGGACUCUGACGACAACGCCAUCUACUACACAGGCCACAUUCAACUAUUUGAGCCCAACGGCCACUUGGCCCAUGAGGGCAGCCAGGUGGCCUCCCUGGAGCAUGCUCAGAUAGACUUUGACAGCAUGCUGGACGACGGGGACCACUCCAGCCUCAUGUCGGGAGCUCUGAGUCCAGGUCUGCUCCAGGGUUUGUCCCGGAGCUCGUCCCGCCUCACUACGCCCAGGGACUCGGUGGCGUUGCCCUCUGUGCCGGCGGGGACGGGCAACAUGGCCGUCGGGGACAUGAGCUCCCUGCUGACAGCUCUGGCCGAGGAGAGCAAGUUCCUCAACAUGAUGUCGUAGCCUCGCGACAGACAUUUAACGGCAGCGCCCCCGGCUCUAGUUGUCAUGUACAGGUUUGUCUCCGGGUUAUUCAAAGUGGUUUUGUUUUUCUGAAAAGCCAUAUCUGAGUUGUCUUUGUUCGCCUUAGCUAGCAGGUUGUUGCGGUUGUUGUGCAGGUCUGCAGAUACGUCGGUUUACUAAGUGCCUGCCUCAGACCAAACAUGUGCAAACGUACCUGAGCUCCACUUUGUUUUCUAUCAAGUUGCUUCUUUGUGCUGAAGGAGAAUCCUCCAUCUUUCUCCUGUGUGAACCAUUGCUGCUGACACUCUUUCUUUUUGUACAUUCUCGUGCUGGUUGUCUGUAAAUAACAUUUGUACAUUUUUAAGAAAUACAGUAAUGACUUUGAUUUUUAUAAAC